GUGAAGAAAGUUUCCUGCAAUGCGGGAAUAGAGCAAAGCUAAAAUGCAGAGUUUUCCCCAUGACAGGGGGGACUCAGAAAGGAGCCUCUGAGCUUCUUGCUUAACCUGGUGAUCAAUAUGCGCACAAUGGCGAGGAAAAGUCAGUCUCCCAGCGACUCGGUCUUCCAGUUUGACAUUCCUGGCAGCCCAAGAAAGGCAGGCUCCGAGGCCCCACGCAGCUCCACAGACAGCCCCGGCUCGGUGUUUCUCAGCUCAGAGGCUGAGAAUGGUGUGGAGGAGAAAAAGAAGAUCUGCAAGUCGCCAACAGUCCAGUCCCCAAGCCCAUCCAUUGAGGCCGAGUCCCCAGACCAGAAGAGAAUCCUUUCCUUGCGGUCCAAAUCCAGUUUUGACGGUACCUCUUUAACAAGCGACAAGAACGACUGUAAAGCAGAAAGCAAAAAUGAAUCUAAGAUGGACAGGAAAAAGUAUUCGUCUUCCAGCCAGUACAAGGCCAAUAUGCACUUCCACAAGUUGUUCCUUGAUGUCCCAACUGAGGAACCACUGAGGCAAAGUUUUACCUGUGCUCUACAGAAAGAGAUAUUAUACCAGGGGAAGCUCUUUGUAUCAGAAAACUGGAUUUGUUUUCAUUCCAAGGUCUUCGGAAAAGACACUAAGAUCUCUAUUCCGGCGUUCUCAGUCACCCUCAUAAAGAAAACCAAAACUGCCCUCCUCGUGCCAAAUGCCUUAAUUAUAGCAACAGUCACAGACCGGUACAUAUUUGUCUCCUUCCUCUCCAGAGAUUCUACUUACAAGCUACUGAAAUCUGUGUGUGGACACUUAGACAAUACGAGCGUCGGGAACAGUCCCAACCCAUCUUCUCUUGAAAACAGUUUCCGGGCAGACCGCCCUUCAUCUCUGCCUCUGGAUUUCAACGAUGAAUUCUCAGAUCUGGAUGGAGUGGUUCGACAAAGAAGGCAAGACAUGGAAGGAUACAGCAGCUCUGGUUCUCAGACUCCUGAAUCUGAGAACUCUCGAGAUUUCCAUGUGACAGAAUCCCAGACAGUUCUGAACGUCUCCAAGGGAGAAACAAAACCAACCCGGGCAGAUGCCCAUGUGAAUAGAGUGCCUGAAGGAAAAGCCAAGAUUCUCCCUGUACAUGGUCAGUCAGAAACCACUGGAGUCCUACACAAAUUCAAGUCUCAGACAUGUAUGACUCUCCACCAUAUUCUUAUAUUUUACGCAAUUGUUGUCUGUGCACUAAUCAUCUCGACCUUCUACAUGAGAUACAGAAUUAAUACUCUGGAGGAGAGGCUGGGGUCACUAACCUCCAUCGUGGACACUCAUCAUCAGGAACAGACAGCACCAUCCGGCCUGGGGUCACAAGUACAAUUAAAUGUGGAGGUCCUCUGCCAAGAGCUGACGGCUAACAUAAUGAAAUUAGAAAAGAUACAAAACAACCUCCAGAAGCUGCUUGAGAAUGGUGACUGACAGACUGGGUCAACCGUUCAGGCCGACAUGAUACCUCGCUCACGCGUCCCUUUGGAGAAGGUGCUCCCUGAGGCAUUUUGGUGGAGCGCUCCCUGCUGGCCAGAGGAGCUGGCGGACCUACAUCCCCAGCCAUGUUUGCACUUGGAGGUCUCCAGCUCAGGAAGGGGGGAAGGGGGAAUAAUUCUGGUUCCUGUGCAAUAAACAUUGACCCUGUCUAAGGGAGUUUUCAGUGCUGCUGCCCGAACAAAACAGACCCAUGUCUGGAGGUCUCUGGAAGGGCCUGGUGGACACUCUUGGGUGAUUUUGGUGCCACGGUUCUCGUGACUGUAUCAGCAAACACACUCCACUCUGUGCCUUUUUAGUCCUUUCUGUGCUCCUUUUCUCUCCUUUACACCCCUCUGAACCAGCCUUCAAACGAAGGGAGAGAUCAUGUGCCAAAAACCUGAUACGGUCCUUUCAAGAAUGAGCCCUGGUUCUCCAAAACAGAUUUGCCUCAAAGAACACCAGCAUUUUUUUUUCUUUUCCGCCCUUCUGCUGUUCUGUUCUGCUUUAAAUCAUCCUGCGUAUCUUCUCAAUUCAGUACGGACAAGAAUAUCACAAAGCAGAUUAAAAGUACCCGUUUGCGUUGUGCUUUGUUCCUGUAACUAAUACUUAAUUGGACUGAUCAUCACCCGGCCCAGAUCAAGAAUCUAUGACCACAUGCAACUAAAGUACUAAAUUAAACUUACUCAAAACCAAAACUAAUCUUUAAACCAAAAAGUACAAUAUGAUUUGAUACUGGAUGAAAAACCCUGAAGUUUUAAGUUUAUAGGUGGAUGAUGUUAGUUUUGAAACAGGCUGCCUACAUGGAAUGCUGAAACCCCUCCCAGCGUGACAAAUGAAUGCUUCUCUCUCUUGCUGACCAGAAGUAACUGGUGGUUUCCUAACUUCUAUUUACCAUAUGGGUUGGCUGGUUUUUAUUAAUAAUUAUUUAGGUACCAUAAGAUCUGUAAUAUAAAUGAUAUUCUGUUUCUAUUGGCAAUGCAUUUUAUAAUCAUUUCUAUGAAAUGUACUUUGUUUAAUCAGAUAAGCUAAUAAAUGAAUUGGUUACUUUAUAUUUGUUAGCCUGUUGGACAAGAACUGUGCCUGGUGCACCCACCCCCCCCCCCGGCUUUUAAUAAAUACUCAUUGGCUAAAAUGCCCUG